AUGGCACUAACGCGUUUAGGAAGGUUGGGCCAGAAGUCUAGUGUCCUGUUUUUAUGUGACAUGCAGGAGAAGUUCAGACCUAACAUUGUGUUCUUCCCUCAGAUUGUGUCUGUGGCUUCCAGGCUACUGCAGGCUGGCAAAAUUUUAGAGAUACCAGUUAUAGUGACUGAACAAUACCCUAAAGGACUUGGUCCCACUGUGCCAGAGCUCGGAACUGAUGGCAUCAAGAAAUACUCCAAAGACCUGCUUCACUAUGUUGAUCCCGGAAGUGGAGAAGGAACUCCAGUCCUUUCCUGAGAGACGUUCUAUUAUUCUCUGCGGCAUUGAGACACAGGCCUGCAUUACGAGUACCACCUUGGAUCUUCUGGAAAAGGGCUUUGAUGUCCAUGUUGUAGCUGAUGCUUGCUCAUCUCGCAGUCAGGUGGACCGUCUUGUGGCUCUUAACCGCCUUAAGCAAAGUGGAGCUUUUCUAACCACAAGUGAAGGGGUGAUCUUACAGUUACUGCAGGACUCUUCCCAUCCCAAAUUUAAACAGGUUCAGAAACUCAUAAUAGAGCCAGCACCUGACAGCGGCCUCUUGUCUCUCUUUUAA